UUGUGAUGGUUUUUAUGUUGGUCUUUCAUAUCAGUAUUGACCAUUAGGAGAUUUGAUAUUUUUAAUUAAUAAUAUUGUGGUAGAAAACAUUUUAUUUCUAUUUAUAUAUAUAUAUAUAUAUAUAUAUAUAUAACUGGCGUACCCGUACCCUGGUUUUUCAAAAAAUGUCGUACCCGGUACCGUACCCGUAUCCGUAUCCAUGCAACAUAGUAUUUUCUCAAUCCCAAUUGACAGAUUUGAUUAUUUAGCGUGUGAUUCUAACAGUAAAACAUUUGAAUUCGAGAUUCUAGAUUUAAAUGAUAAUAUUGAAAUAAAGAGGUGUGGGGUCAUUCCAGUAUAUGCUUCUCAAGAUCAACAACAGACUAUUCCAACAGAUCAAUGUGGUUGUAAGAGAAAAACACCAAGUUUCAACAAAGACGAAAGUUCAAGACCUGAAAAGCAUGUUGUACGCUUUGACAUCGAUUUAAAUCAGACAUUUGAAGUGUCAGAAGUCUCUGGGCGUGAAAUGCAAUUUGAACAUAUAAUUUCUGAGUUUGGGGAACAAGAAAAAAUGAAUUGGUUGAGGCUAUAGAUAAACUGAAAAGAGACUUGGAUUAUUAUGAUGCUGAAAGUUGCAACCUAAAGAGAUUCAGGUUUCGCAGUGGUUGCCAGAAUGCAAGACUAUCAUCAGAGCCUUGUAGCCCAUAACCAUAAGUUUCGAUGGUCAACAUAUGUAUAUCUUGAUAUCACACCUUUCUGGGUUGACAAUGUAUUUGAUGUUUGAUGUUGAUUUGGAACUCUCGUUGUAAUUUAUCAGCUUGUUUAAGUUCACAUUGAUUGAACUUUCCAUUUUGCUAAACCACCAAUUUUGUCCUCACAUUUUCUUAAAAUAUUUGUCUUCUAACCGAGAUAGUUCAGAGACAAUCGUGAGAUGUGGAGAUAAUUUAGAGGCUAAUGUAUGUG